UGCAUUUUAAAUGCCGAUUGCUCCAGCUUCAAUCGUCAGAUUUUCUUUUCACAUUUUCGGAUUCAAAAUUCUCGACUCAUUCUCAUCUCCUCAUCACAUCUACGGCACGCCCUGCUGCCGAUCUCUCCUUCCCCGUCGAUCUUCUUCCUAUUUCCCAAUCUCUCUGUCUCUCUGAGGUUCAUCGCUUGGAAAAUCGAAUCAAUCUGACGGUUCGUUGAUUCAGCAGCUCAAUCGUCCAUUGCAGUUAGAAGAUGGCAGCAAAAUACAUAGUAGUUUCUACACUUGGAGCAUUUGCAUUUGCUUAUGUUUCUGAUAUUCUUGUUGCUGACAAGAAAAUAUUUGGAGGAACAACUCCGAGUACUGUUUUAAACAGCGAGUGGUGGGAAGAAACUGACAAGAAAUUCCAAGCAUGGCCUCGUACCGCCGGCCCACCUGUGGUCAUGAACCCCAUCAGUCGCCAGAAUUUCAUUGUUAAAACCCGCUCUGAAGCUUAAAUGUUGCUUUGGUUGUCUAUUUAUACAAUUUUGAGUGGAUAAUUCUGCUUUUGGAAGUACUUCUUAGUCAUUAAGCAGUUCUAACCUGCCUUCAUAUUUGAUGAGGGGAACUGAAGGAAUUGUUGUUGAGCUGAUAGCCUUUUUUAUUUUUCCUGUUUAAGCUGCAUCAUUGGCUUGUUUGUUAUGUUGAUGGUGUCAGGAUGUUGAUUCUGAAUAAAUCAGUGAAAAGGAAACUUUCCUUCAUGUCUGUCUCUUUCA